GGCACCGAAGUCGUGCCCGAGACCCGAGAGGCGGAUGCCCAGGCAGUACCCGAGACAGGGGAGGCUGGAGUGGAGGUGGUCCCUGACACUGUUGAGGUGGACACGUGGGUGAACGAGGCGCUGCUGGGGCUGCCCGAGGCUGCAGAGCGUGAGCUGGAGAUGCUGCACGCCAGCUUGGAGCACCAGCGCGGGGUGAGCGAACUCUUGCGGGGCCGAUUGAGGGAGCUGGAGGAGGCCUACGAGGCUGCAGUGGCCAGGCCUCAAUCUCGAGAGGUGGCCAUCCAGACAGAGUUGGGUUGCACUGAGAAGACCACGCAGACCGAGCUCCCAGUGGAGAACCAGCCCAGGCCCAUGGCUGGAGACCAGGUGGCCCCUGCUGGCAUCCUCAAAUCCAUCAUGAAGAAAAAAGACGGUACUCCGGGUGCCCAAUCCAGUCAGGGACCCAAGAGCCUGCAGUUCGUUGGGGUCCUCAACGGAGAGUAUGAGAGCUCCUCCAGCGAGGAUGCCAGCGACAGUGACAAUGAAGAUGGUGCCACCGAACUCGCCAGGAGUAGCUCUUCUGGGUCAGGAGAUGAUAGUGGGGGAUCUGAAGCUGGAACUCCUGGGCCCCCUAACGUCCACGAUGUGGAGGAGUCUGAACUUGAGGCACAGCUGGAGCCGAAGGCAGGGACAGAAGAGAGGUGUGAACUGAGCCCUCGUUUAAGGGAAGCCUGCAUUGCUCUGAAUCGGCAGCUGAUCAGGCCUCGUGGAGUCACCAGAGAUGGCAGCGCAGCACGCCUUGUAGCCCAGGAGUGGUUUCGAGUGUCCAGUCAAAAGCGCUCUCAGGCUGAGCCUGUGGCAGGGGUGCUUCGAGGAGUGAAGAGCCUGGGGCCUGAGCUGCUGGCUCAUGUGGUGAACCUGGCUGAUGGCAAUGGAAACACGGCCCUGCAUUACAGCGUGUCUCAUGGGAAUCUGGCCAUUUCCAGCCUACUACUGGAUACAGGGGUCUGUGAUGUCAAUCAUCAGAAUAGAGCCGGCUAUUCUGCACUCAUGUUGGCUGCACUCACUUCUGUAGGGCAGGAGGAGGAAGACAUGGCUGUGGUCAAGAGACUUUUCAGCAUGGGUGAUGUCAAUGCCAAGGCUAGCCAGACUGGACAGACAGCCCUCAUGCUGGCCAUCAGUCAUGGCCAUCAGGACAUGGUGGCUGCCUUGCUGGAACGUGGGGCUGAUGUCAAUGUACAGGAUGCAGAUGGGGCUACAGCACUGAUGUGUGCCAGCGAAUAUGGACGCCUUGAUACAGUUCAGUUGCUGUUGGCCCAGCCAGGCUGUGACCUUACCAUCCUAGACAAUGAGGGAACAAGUGCCCUGGCCAUUGCGCUGGAGGCUCAACAGGAUGAGGUUGCGGCACUGCUCCAUGCCCACCUGACUUCAGACCACCAUGGCUCCCAGGGCCAGUCACCCCCAGGGUCUUCCACAGGCACACCCAGCUAAGCCAUGCAGUGACAAAUGAGGGACUCUACCUGGACUUAGAAGCUGCUUUCCUCUAAUGUCUGAGCUCCCAAAUCACAGCAGGGCGCCGUGUGCAAAUGCCUGAGCAAUGCACUCAACCCAUUCACAAUCUUUCCUAAUAAAGCAUUUCUACUGAACUUGUA